AACCACAUAACCUCUCAGAACUGAACCAAAACAACAUUGUUCCUGGAGCAUCCUCUUUUUAAGGUACAAAAAGGUAGAACUUUAGACUUCAUAGCACUGAAUUAACCUGCACUGAAAGCUGUUUACCUGCAGUUGUUCACUUUUGUUGAAAGUGACCAUGUCUCAAGUUCAAGUGCAAGUUCAGAACCCAUCUGCUGCUCUCUCAGGGAGCCAAAUACUGAACAAGAACCAGUCUCUUCUCUCACAGCCUUUGAUGAGUAUUCCUUCUACUGCUAGCUCUCUGCCCUCUGAAAAUGCAGGUAGACCUAUUCAAAACUCUGCUUUACCCUCUGCAUCUAUCACAUCCACCAGUGCAGCUGCAGAAAGCAUAACUCCUACUGUAGAACUAAAUGCACUGUGCAUGAAACUUGGAAAAAAACCAAUGUACAAGCCUGUUGACCCUUACUCUCGAAUGCAGUCCACCUAUAACUACAACAUGAGAGGAGGUGCUUAUCCCCCGAGAUACUUUUACCCAUUUCCAGUUCCACCUUUACUUUAUCAAGUUGAACUUUCUGUGGGAGGACAGCAAUUUAAUGGAAAAGGAAGGACGAGACAGGCUGCAAAGCACGAUGCUGCUGCUAAAGCAUUGCGGAUCCUGCAGAACGAGCCCCUUCCUGAGAGGCUGGAGGUGAAUGGAAGAGAAUCAGAAGAAGAAAAUCUCAAUAAAUCUGAAAUAAGUCAAGUGUUUGAGAUUGCACUUAAACGGAACUUGCCAGUGAAUUUUGAGGUCGCCCGGGAGAGUGGCCCACCCCACAUGAAGAGUUUUGUGACCAAGGUGUCAGUCGGGGAGUUCAUAGGGGAAGGUGAAGGGAAGAGCAAGAAGAUUUCAAAGAAGAAUGCUGCAAUCGCCGUUCUGGAAGAGCUGAAGAAGUUACCUCCUCUCCCUACAGUCGAGCGAGUAAAGCCCAGAAUCAAAAAGAAAACAAAAUCCAUAGUCAAACUCCACACAGGCCCAGAAUAUGGCCAGGGAAUGAAUCCAAUUAGCAGACUGGCCCAGAUCCAGCAGGCGAAAAAGGAAAAGGAGCCAGAGUACCUGCUCCUCACCGAACGAGGCCUCCCGCGCCGCAGGGAAUUUGUGAUGCAGGUGAAGGUUGGAAACCACACUGCCGAAGGAGCAGGCACCAAUAAGAAGGUGGCCAAACGCAACGCAGCCGAGAAUAUGCUGGAGAUCCUUGGUUUCAAAGUCCCGCAGGCUCAGCCCACCAAACCGGCACUCAAGUCAGAGGAGAAGACACCAAUAAAGAAACCAGGGGAUGGAAGAAAAGUAACCUUUUUUGAACCUGGCUCUGCAGAUGAAAAUGGAACUAGUAAUAAGGAAGAUGAGUUUAGGAUGCCUUACCUUAGUCACCAGCAGCUGCCUGCUGGAAUUCUUCCCAUGGUGCCCGAGGUUGCCCAGGCUGUAGGUGUCAGUCAAGGACAUCACACCAAAGAUCUCAGCAGAGUAGCUCCGAAUCCUGCCAAGGCCACGGUGACUGCCAUGAUCGCCCGGGAGCUGUUGUAUGGAGGCACCUCGCCCACAGCUGAGACCAUUUUAAAGAAUAACAUCUCUUCGGGCCAUGUGCCCCAUGGACCUCUCACGAGACCCUCUGAGCAAUUGGACUAUCUUUCCAGAGUCCAGGGAUUCCAGGUUGAAUACAAAGACUUCCCCAAAAACAACAAGAAUGAGUUUGUAUCUCUAAUCAAUUGCUCCUCUCAGCCACCUCUGAUCAGCCAUGGCAUCGGAAAGGAUGUGGAUUCCUGCCAUGAUAUGGCUGCACUGAACAUAUUAAAGUUGCUGUCUGAGUUGGACCAACAAAGUACAGAGAUGCCGAGAACAGGAAACGGACCGUUGUCUGUGUGUGGGAGGUGCUGAACCUUUACUGGCCAUGAACCAUUAUUAAGUCCCAACAUAUAUACUGAACAUACUGAAACUGCUUUGACAAAUUGGAAUUUCUGAUACCUCCAUUGGGCUGAGAGACAUACGAAUGAUGAACUGGACACAACAGUGCUGAGGAAGAUGGGACGCAGGAGGCGGCCGUGGCUGUGACAGUGUGCUUGUGGUUUGUGUGAUGGGCCAGAGGAGAGGAAGUGUUCACUCCCCUCACAAGAGCAGCCAAGCACGGGGCCACCAGCCUUCUGUGGUCCCCUUCUCUGCUGCGGAGCUACGAGGCCACAGCCCAGUCCACCUCACUGCUUGGGUGUGUUUUUUGGCUGUGUGAAAGAGGAAAAUCCAGAACAACGUCGAUCCCACUUCCCCAACUGGCUCACUCAGACCCUUGGGGAUAAACACUGGACAGCCACACCAGAGCGAGGCCUGAGACUGGCCAGAGCUGCAAGUACCAGAGGACGUCAUCUGGGUCCUCCUGGGCAUCUCCUGCCUUCCCAGUGUGCUGAGCCCCACCCCACCCCCCGCCGCCCCAGUGCCCACACCAUAACCACUGCUUUCUCUUCCAGCAGCGAUACGCAUUCUUAGUUUCAUUAUUUUCUUUCAAUUAAAAUGACACUAUAUACAGUUUUUAUUGGAAAGUUUCUCAAUUGUAUCUAGUUAUAUAGCACAGUUUAGAAACUUGUCUGAGACUGAUUUUAUCAGUAAUCUAACUGGCAAAGAUCAUAUCCAUGUGUAUGUGUGUGGUUAUCGGUUUUUAUUUUUUCGAACUAACCCAGGACCAUUUCAGUGAUGCAAUGUGUGCCCUCUGGUUGAGCAGAAACCAUCUUAGGCGUUUCAGAAACCCGUGAUGAAGUCUCCCACAGUUGUAUAAAUUGGAGUUUGGGGAAUUUUAAACUUUAAAUGAUCACUUGGUUCCUUUUCUAUUUUUAUUUUGGUUAAUGGAAUGACUUACACAAAUGAACUUUGAUCUUUGUGUUAAAAAUGAUGAAAACAAUUGUGUGCAUAUCCAUGGCUAUCUGGCACUGUAGCCUUUGCAGUACACUGCAGGAUGCGAUCUCCAUGUCGUCCACACAGAACUGCAGAUGAAUGUUCCCUGAGUGCUUUAUACUGUUAAUUACAUCUCCAUGUAGGGCUGAAAAGAAUGGCCUAUGUUUAUCUAGAAACUGUGUUGCUUUUGAUGUUGUGUGAUUGUGCACAGAGACGUGUGCAGGGAGGUUCUGCAGCUGGUCCAGAUAAAAGCACGGUAGCCUUGCGAGUUAAGUUCUGCUUUGAUUCAUUGUUUACGCUGGAAAUUUUUUCUCCCCAUGGAAUGUAAGUAAUAUUUAGUGUUUGUCACCAAUAAAUGGUAAUACUAAA